UAGAGAGAGAGACACACACCAACACAAGGAGAGAAGAAGGAAAGGAGAGGAAGAGGAGGAGGAGGAGGUGGUGGUGAGGUUGCCAUGCCUCCCCCGAGAUCCUAAGAACGCCACACCCUCGCGCGCCGCGAAUCCCCGCCCGCCCGCCCUCUCGGAUCGAUCGAUCGAUCAGCCGGGGCGGCAGGAGGAGGAGGAGGAGGAGAUGGAGGCGGACGCCGGGAAGCUGUUCAUCGGCGGCAUCUCGUGGGACACCAACGAGGACCGCCUCCGCGAGUACUUCGACAAGUACGGGGAGGUGGUGGAGGCCGUCAUCAUGCGCGACCGCGCCACCGGCCGCGCCCGGGGGUUCGGCUUCAUCGUCUUCGCCGACCCCGCCGUCGCCGAGCGGGUCAUUAUGGAGAAGCACAUGAUCGAUGGCCGCAUGGUGGAGGCGAAGAAAGCUGUUCCCAGGGACGAUCAGCAUGCUCUGAGCAAGAGUGGUGGCAGUGCUCAUGGAUCACCAGGGCCAAGCCGCACCAAGAAGAUAUUCGUCGGGGGUCUAGCGUCCACCGUGACAGAGGCAGACUUCAGGAAGUACUUUGAGCAAUUUGGGACGAUUACUGACGUUGUGGUGAUGUAUGAUCACAAUACACAGCGUCCUAGGGGCUUUGGGUUCAUUACGUACGAUUCAGAGGACGCUGUGGAUAAGGCAUUGUUCAAGACCUUUCAUGAACUGAACGGUAAGAUGGUUGAGGUCAAGCGGGCAGUUCCUAAGGAACUCUCACCUGGUCCGAGCAUGCGUUCUCCUGUCGGUGGAUUCGUGAAUAGAGCCAAUAGCUUCCUCAAUGGAUACACCCAGGGUUAUAAUCCAAGCCCGGUAGGUGGUUAUGGAAUGAGGAUGGAUGCAAGGUUUGGGCUUCUGUCAGGUGGCCGUAGUAGUUAUCCUUCUUUUGGUGGUGGUUAUGGAGUCGGCAUGAAUUUUGAUCCAGGGAUGAACCCUGGUAUUGGGGGAAACUCAAGCUUCAACAACAGUCUCCAGUAUGGAAGGCAGCUUAAUCCAUACUACAGUGGAAAUUCAGGUAGAUACAAUAGCAAUGUUAGCUAUGGCGGAGUCAGUGACAAUACUGGGUCAGUGUUCAACUCGCUGGCUCGUAAUUUAUGGGGUAAUUCAGGUCUUAGUUACUCUUCCAACUCUGCAAGUUCUAAUUCCUUCAUGUCUUCUGCCAAUGGGGGCCUUGGUGGAAUUGGGAACAACAAUGUGAACUGGGGAAACCCUCCUGUGCCUGCACAAGGUGCUAGUGCUGGCUCAGGCUAUGGCGGUGGGAACUUUGGUUAUGGAUCUAGUGAAACCAGCUUUGGUCUUGGUACCAAUGCUUAUGGAAGGAAUGCUGGAUCAGGUGGUGUUAAUACAUUCAACCAAUCAACAAAUGGAUACGGAAGGAAUUUUGGAGAUUCGUCAGCAGGUGGUGGUGGUGGUGGCUCCAUAUAUGGAGAUACAACUUGGAGAUCUGGAUCUUCCGAGCUUGAUGGGACCAGCCCAUUUGGGUAUGGGCUUGGGAAUGCAGCUUCAGAUGUUACAGCAAAGAACUCAGCAGGUUACAUGGGGCAUUAACAAAUAGAGCAAUGUCGCCGCCUAGGAAUCUUUUUCACAUACAACAACAUUUGUCAAAAUAGGUUGAGGAGAGAACCACAGGUGCAUCAGGUGCAAAUUUUGAACCUCACAUGAUUUACAGAAAUGGGUUAGUUAAUAGAGCUAACCACCAGGGAGUUGGUCAAUGAGAUCAGAUAUAUCCUCAGAGAACCUUUUAAACGUAUUUCCAUUUUAUGUAAGGUUUGAGAUUGUGGCUUCGGAUUUCUACAGCGAGUUUAGGUUUUGGCAACCUUGUGUUUUUUCUUGGUUGAGAUGUGAAGUAAGAUUGCGGGAUAUAUAUAUCUGAAGAGUGUUCAGUUGUACGGCGGCGCUGCCCCCAUAUAGGCCCCCCUUUUUGGGUUUUUGUUCGUAUAGUAGAAACUGCUCUAGCGUUUUUCAAAUUGUGUGCUAGCUGUUGUUAUCAGGAUGAUAAAUUUUUUUUUUCACCUUCUUGGUUUUUAUCUUACUGAAGUGUAUGUACCAGAGAUCUUGCUGGUCUGUGUUUUUCCUAGUGGAACUUUUGAGGGAUGCCCCUUCUGGGUCUCAAAGAAUAAUAAUGCUACAAUAUAUUCUAAUUCAUUUUGAGGCUUAUCUAAGGUUUAUAUUAUUUUGUAUGUAUGCUGGAAACAUCUGUACAUUCUGAUGCUCUUUGCAAAUUGCCUCUGUGCUGCUUUUGCA